GUCAGUUUAUCGAAACCUCGUGAGGUUGUUGAUUUUGUUUCUUACUUGCUGAAAGUGCAUAUUAGUUUGAUUAUCUCUGUUUCUUUUUGUUACUGUUUUAUCGGUUUAAUUAAAAUGGCCAGUAACGGUGAGGAGACCAAUGCUGAUCGAAAUGUUGAAAUUUGGAAGAUCAAAAAGUUGAUCAAGAGUUUGGAAGCUGCCAGAGGGAAUGGAACCAGCAUGAUUUCACUUAUUAUACCACCAAAGGAUCAAAUAUCUCGAGUUAGUAAAAUGCUGGCUGAUGAAUUUGGAACAGCAUCAAAUAUUAAAAGUCGAGUUAAUCGUUUAUCCGUUUUGGGUGCCAUCACAUCAGUCCAACAGCGUCUUAAACUUUAUACCAGAGUACCUACAAAUGGUCUAGUUAUCUAUUGUGGAACUAUUGUAACAGAUGAAGGGAAGGAGAAGAAAGUUAAUAUUGACUUUGAACCAUUUAAACCAAUUAACACAUCAUUGUACCUCUGUGAUAAUAAAUUCCAUACCGAGGCCUUAUCGGCGCUUCUCGCAGAUGAUAAUAAGUUUGGUUUCAUUGUAAUGGAUGGUAAUGGAGCCCUUUUUGGUACAUUACAAGGAAAUGCAAGGGACGUUCUUCAUAAAUUUACCGUAGAUUUACCUAAGAAACAUGGUCGUGGUGGUCAAUCUGCGCUACGUUUUGCUCGAUUGCGUAUGGAAAAACGUCACAACUAUGUAAGAAAAGUGGCCGAGGUUGCUACUCAACUUUAUAUUAGCAAUGAUAAGGUCAAUAUAGCUGGUUUAAUUCUAGCUGGUUCGGCUGAUUUUAAAACGGAAUUAAGUCAAUCGGAUAUGUUUGAUCCGAGGCUACAAGCAAAAAUUUUAAAAUUAGUCGAUGUUUCUUACGGCGGAGAGAAUGGGUUCAAUCAAGCAAUAGAAUUGUCAGCUGAAGUAUUAUCAAAUGUCAAAUUUAUCCAAGAAAAGAAGCUCAUUGGACGUUAUUUUGAUGAAAUUUCUCAAGAGACUGGAAAAUAUUGUUUUGGUAUUGAGGAUACGCUAAAAGGAUUGGAAAUGGGAUCAGUUGAAAUUCUGAUCGCCUGGGAAAAUUUAGAUAUCAUGCGAUAUAAUCUUAAGAAUAAUACAACGGGAGAAGAAAAGAUUUUACACUUAACCCCUGUCCAAGAAAGGGAUAAAUCACAUUUCGUCGAUAGAGAAACUGGAGUAGAAUUAGAAUUAGUAGAAUCUAUGCCGCUAUUGGAAUGGUUAGCCAACAAUUACAAACAAUUUGGUGCAACCUUAGAAAUAAUUACCGAUAGGUCUCAGGAAGGAUCACAAUUUGUCAAAGGAUUUGGAGGAAUCGGAGGUUUACUUCGAUACAGAGUGGACUUUUUAAGCUUAGAAAUAGGUGAUGAAGAUUUGGAAGAUUUUGACCUGGACGAUCUAUAAACAACUAACAAUCAGCAAGGAGCAAAAAUGGAUUGAAACCCCUGAAAACAGAAAAAACCACUAAAAUCAAAAGGACAAAACUAACAACCGAUCGUCAAAGAUUUUCCACUAAAAAUCCACUAAAGUACCAACAAAAAACAUACACGAAGUGAAAGAUUCAAAAGGAGAAAUUUAAUAAACGGCUGUCAGAGAAACUUCUCUCUGUUACGAUAAUUUAAUUUAAAUUAA